AAAAAAUCCACAUAUGAUGACAAUCAAAACCAUUAGGUACUUAUGCUGGUAUUUUUCGAAUAUCGAUCGUCUCUAUCGACGUGCAACAUAACAUCACUAAAUCCAUAUUUACAAAUAAACUUAAACGUCUUAUCACACUCCAUUUACAUUCCGAAUUCUUCAUUCAUCCGCCAUUUCAUUGCAUAGCCACGACAUCUGAGUAAUAAUAGUGAUGUAUAAAGAAAUAAAAAUAUCGAUAUAUAUAAAUAUAAUCAAUUUAUUGAGCUUAAUAUCUGCUGCGUACUUGGAGGCUGAAUCAAACUAUGUGAAACCGAAGUUAGAGAGAAAUAAUAUAGUAAAUAAAGGUUUAUGGAUAAGAAAUAAUCGGGACAGGAAGUAUGCAAAUGAUUUUAUAUUUAGAGCUAAUUCCCUCGAUGAGGACAAUGUGCUUCAAAAUAACUUCGACGCGUUCCGACAGAACAUAGCAAACUCGGCAUUUUCCUCUGGAUACAAUAAUAUGGAAAGGGGCAAACGAUCUCCAAAAGAUAAAUCAAAACUGAUUUCUGCUAAUAAAGUGAAAUGCAUCAAUAAGUACGAUUGUCCAAAUGUAGAAGAUAAAUCUUUAAGAGAGUCUAAAAUCAUUUCAACUCUGAAACCAGCAUCUAUUCUUAACGACUAUCCGUAUGAAAUCGCUGUUCUUCUCAAUAACAAAAAACACCCUCAGGCUGAAAGAGAUAUCUCUGAAGAAGAUGUUGAUAUUUAUAACAAAGAUGGAAUCGAAGGUAAAAAGAACUACAAAAAAGUUAUCAUACAACAUAACAUAAAAAAGGAUAACUCUUCAACUAUAAAAGAUAACAAUAACUUAACCAACAUUAUAUUUCCAACUGGAAAAUCAAAUAAAUCUCACGCUAACAAAUCUAGUACGAUACCGAAACGAAGUAUAAGUCAGCGUGAAUACGAAUCUGAAUUAAUUAAAAAAAUAGAAUUUAUAGAAGACGAUAAUUCAACAGACAUCAACAAAAUAGAUAGAAAUAUACUUGAUAAAGAAGAAAUGGCUUGGCAUAAUGCACCCACACCCAACAUUAACGUUUAUAAAAUCUUACCGAAGAAAAUUGAAAAUGUACGAAACAAACCAAUAAAUGAGAGAGGUCUGUUAAAGGUUUUGUCGAUGCUUACAAGAACGUUCAAAAAGAUCAUGAAACAACAUCAGGAUAUAAAAAGGAUUCACAACAAUUUAUAUGACCUUAAUGAUGAAUUUACGAAGAAUGCUGAACUAUUGACGAGCAAAUUUGAAGAUUUCAACUCGAAAUAUUUAUUUAUGGUUAAUCUUAACGAAGAAUUAAAAAUAAUGGAAGCUAAGUUUAAGGGUCAAGAACAAAGGUUUAACAAUAGAGAAAAGGACUUGGUUAAAAAUUUAAGAGAAUUCGAAGACCAGCAAAAACAAUUUUUGGCACAACAGCGACAAUUUUAUAAAGUGCAAAAGUUGAUGCUAGCACAAAAUGAAAAGAUAAAUUUAAAACAGAACCUAAUAACCAAAACCCAAAAUGAAAUAUCUCAUAGACAAAACAAUUUCGCGCGGAUUUUGAAAAAAGCUAAGCAAAUUUACAUUGAUUCUAGAAAAUUGAUCCCAACAAAAUUGAAUACCGCUACAGCUAAACCAAAGGUAAAGCCAGCUGCAGAAAAAGUAGAACCAGUAAGGAUCGUUUACACCACAUCAUCGACUACCACCACUACUUUGCCACCUCCUAUACCAACAACUGAAACAGUAAAAAUUAAUUUAUUUUCCGUACCAGCUUUAACUCGACUUGAAAAUCAAGACCAAAUGAUCCUUGAUGAAAAAGACUACCAACCAGUGGACGAACUGAUAUACAAAUAUUAUUUCAAUAACACAUUCAUUGAUGAUUUGAUGAAGAAUAAGAUCCUGGCAACGUUCUUAGCUGAUUCUGAAGACACAGAGAAUAGCAUAGCUAAAAAUAAAAGAACCAAAAUAUCAAAACACAAAUCCACACUUCUAUUACCUGUUAAUAAAACUAUAGAAUCCAAAAAACAAAGAAAUAGAAGAUGGAUUAAGUAUUCUAAGAAAAAUAAUCAUAUAAAAGGUACAACAACUCCUGUAAUAAUUAAUGAAGUACCUGAUAUUAAAGAAAAUAUAGUCAAUACUGGUGAUUUGAAAAUAGACCUUACCAAAAAAGUCGAUGCAUUCACCACAAUGGCUCUAAACUUUUGUAAAGAAAUAGGUCAGAAUGUUAACUUACAGGUUUUGAAUUGGUGCGUAGAAAAGGCGUUGAGAAGAUUAAAAAUCAUUGACUUGAAAAUAUCUCCGUUGUUAGCUACAAGUCCCUUUACGCUCAGUGCCACAAUUCCACAAAUCAGCCAAAAGGAAGAGAAAAUAUUGCUUACAGAGUCGUCACCGACUUUAGAACCGCAGACGCAGGAUGUUCAGAAUAUAGGAACAACUGAAGAUAUCAACACUGUUAUGUUUUUCCCAGACAACGACGAACUGGAAAACAAAUUGAAAGAAUAUGAAUUAAAACCUGACACGGAAGGCACAGUGUACUACGACGGGAGCUUACAUGCUAGCGACCUCGCCCGCAUUGGGGAUGCGGACAGCGGUGGCUUCUCCGACAUAAUGCCAGGUCAGGACAGCAACUCCAGAGUUCAAGUCGACCCUAUGGCCUUUGAUCUACAAGCCCAGAGGCGGACUAGUGUUAAAAAAGUGUUUUGUGUGACGCUAUUGGCAGUCGCAUUCACUUUUACAGUGAUAUUGACUAAUGUUUUUGUAGAUAUCGAUGGUUUACUGGCGAAUAAGAAAAAAUAUAUACCAGAAACAUCGCCAAUUCCAGAAACUUUUGUAAAUGAUAAAGAAAGCCUUAUGGCAGAUCGAAAACAACUAAUGUCUAAUGAAGACAGAAACUACGACAGUGAAAUUAAUCAGUCUUAUAGAACUAAAAGAUCCAUAGCAUCAGAAACCAUUUAUCAAGCAAAAAAUCCUACGGUUAAAAAGAUGUUAACUAGACGAUUAGCUAACCUUUUAGAAGAACUAGAUAAAGAAGAAGCGAAAAAAGAAGAAAAAUUAGAAACUACUUCAACAAAGGCCGAUGUUACAAAAAACGAAGAAAAUCCGGUCCAAGGCAUUAGAAAUGAGAAUUUACUUCAACUUAUAAUGCAUAACAUUCUUUUGCAAGGUUUGAUAGGUCAUAUGGACUUAAACGAUGUCUACAAAAAAGUUCAUGAACUUAUGCAAACCUUUAGUAAACGCAUUGAUAGUAAAAGUCCACAAGAUGAAAAGCUGAACGUAUUUAGAUCCAUCGUCAAUUCUAAAAAUAUAUUGAAAGAUAUACCUGACUUCGUUAAAGAUAAUAAUUAUAACGAGGAAUACAAAUUUUUCAAUGAAUUAAUUAAAUGCAAAGAGCUGGAAAAGCAAAUAGCGAGAACUUCUCUUUCUAAUGAGAUAAAUGCUACAAACGAAAAUCAAAAAGACGAGAAUGUAUCCAUAAAAACAGUAAUUGAAAUAAAUGAAAAUGAUAAUGGACCAGGAGCAUCUAAUAUAUCACACCCAAAAGAAAAUGUAGAAGCUCUAAUAAAGUUAAUAUAUAACGGAAAAUCAAUCAAAGUAAACCAAAUGCAUGAUGAAAUAAAGACACAAAAAACGAACAAGAGUAAAACGAUUCAUGAAAUAGAAAAACAAUCUAUCAUCAAUAAUGAUAACAAAAUAACUGCUGAACCAAAUAACAUGAAACAGAAUACUACCAAAAAUCGUAGACACCAGCCCAGUCCAUUUCUCAACAAAGUGUUAGAGGAUUUAAAAAAACGUUCAUUUCCAACCUAUGAAUAUUUGCAAAACAACGCAGAAGUUAAAAGCAUUAAAACUCAACGCUUAAAGAGACAGAUCAAAAUUCGAUACUCAGAUAAUGUAACGUCAUCAAAAAUAAAACCCGUUCAUGAAGGAGUUAAAAAGGAUGGUGAUGACCUAUACAUUGAAAUAGAAACACAUUUCGAUGGAAAGGGUAUAAAAGGAGAAAAAAAGAAGAAACUUGUCAGAAGUCUUAUAGAUAAAAUACAAAAAGCUCUAGAUUCUGAUAUUGAAGAAAAAGGUAAUAGCGUUGAGCAUAUUAAAUUUGUCAAACGAACUCAGGACCCAAUUACCAGCCAGGACAAAUUUUCACUUAAAACAGAAAAACCUUUAGAGCUUAUUGAGCAAAGAGUACUUGACCCUAUAGGCAAAACAUUAGAGUAUCAUGAAAAGAUAACUGAUAGGCUCGGAGAUAAAUGGAAAAAGCAAUAUUAUGGUCCAAACUUUUUGUCAAAAUCAAAAGCUGUUAACUCUGCAGAAAUGAAUGAGGUUAAUAUUGACUACGACAGGGUUUUAACAAAUGGAAUUUCAAAAAGAUUUCAAACCCCCCUUAAUAUAGAAGUAGAAGAUGACGGUGAUACUACUGGAUUAUUAAAUCCUGAUUCUGGUAAUGUGACUUUGUUUUUAAAAGACAUUGAUGGUUCAGGUUUUUCAAUUGGUUUUAAUCAGUAUGAAGGUGAGCCCCCGGAUAGAAAUAGCAUGAAAAUGUUUAAUGGGUUAGAAAAUCUAAUAAGAGAAUAUCAUAAAACAUAUGAUCAAGAUGACAAUAUAAAUAAUGAAUCUCCUGCAAAUGAAUCUCCUGUAAAUAAAGUGAACAAUUUUGUAGAAACAUAUCACGAAAUAGCAAAAAGAAGCGUUGAAGAUUUACACAAAUUGGAAUUGCGCAACAGCCAGAAUAUUGCUAAUAAUUUUCUCUAUGAUACAAAUUAUAAUGAUAUCCACUUAUCCACAAACUUGUCAUUAAAAGAAGUGCCUAUAAUAGUGGAUGAAAGAAUUUUGAACGAAAAAUUAAAAUCUUCUGAAAUAUUUAGUAUUGCAAAUGUUGUCAAUAGAAAGAGACGAUCUGUUAACGUGAAGAAGAUCUCAAACUUAAAAUCUAAAAUAAAACUAAAUAGAUACUUGAAUACGAAAACGAUGACAAAUAAGAAAGUAUUUAUAAAAAAUAAGAGAAAUAAAAGGCAUGUGAAUAACAUUAGGAUUGUUGAAAGAGAUCGGCCACAAAGCAAGCCAUCACAAAAAAAUUCAGAUGAAAACAUAUUUUUUAUUUCAAAAGAAAACUCUUAUAUUGACCAAGAAACUAUGAUAAGAAAUGUUGAAAGUGGAGAUACAAAGACGAAUUAUAAAAACACUGAAUAUAAUAUUGAUGAGGAAUCGCCUUUCAGUAAUAUAUACAGAAUUCAAAACCCUAAUAUACAAGAUGACUUCACUGAAAGUGUAUAUAAUACAGCCAUAAGGUCAAAUGGACUUAUGUCUAAAUACCCCCACAUAUUUCUAGAUAAAGAUACUAGCUCAAGAGAAGAAAUAUACUUUGAUGAAAAACAGUAUAGAACUGAUAGACCAUAUAGAAUCGAAGCAUCAUCUGUAGCAGCAAUAGAGAAACAAAUAAUAGGAGUAACCACUGAAAACAAUAUUGCAACAGUAUUACAAGACUUGAGUGUCCCAAAGGUUCAGGAAAUGGUCAGUGCUUUGAUACCACCACUACCAGGAACCAAUUACAGAAUCUCGGUUAAAAUGUCACCAAAAAACAAAACUAAUACAAAUGCAGGCUUUAAAGAGGUUCAUACCAGUGUUAAUAAAAGUUAUGACGACAACGGCGUACGCUAUUCUACUUUACUAAAGCUGUCUCAAAUAUCCAAAAUAGAAAAACUGAAUAAUACUGACGAAAUACGAGACGUGGCGCAACCUCUAAGUGAUCAUUUAACUGACCAACAAAAAGAAAUAAACGCAUUAUUAAAACUACAUAAGAAACGAGUUGAUCUACAACUGAAUAGUUUGCUUAGAGAAAGUAAUCAUUUAGAAGAAAUGAUUGAACCAAAUAAAAAUUACAAUAUUGAUAAAAAAAUAAAGCUAUUGUUGGGUGACGAUAGUCGUAUAGAUACAACAAAUGAAGAAAAACUAAUGAACGUCGAGAGAAAACGGCAAGAAAUGCACAUGAAUCAGCCAAAACAUCUUAUAACAACACCAACUACUUCCAAACCCGUAAAAACGACAACCGAAACAGCAGUGAUUGAUAAAUCCAAAAUAAUCGAAACACUAAAGCAAAGUGAGAAAAUGACAUUUGAAAUACUUAGGAAAAUUGAUACAAAUACCCAAAUUCUUCAGACAUUCCUUCAAAAAUUUUCUGAAAAUUUUGCUCUCGAUAAGAAUCAACAUACUACUAUAAUCAAACCCACAGAAAAGUCUGGUUUAGAAAUGAAAUUAGAUCUUUCUAAGGAUUGGAAAUCUUAUGGCGGGAAUAAAGGCGCGUUUUUUCCUCCAAAGGAAUACAGAAAUGAUACGAUCCCUUUUGUUUACGCUUAUCAACAAAGUAUUCCAAUGAAAAAUAACUCCCCGUCGCAAUCGUUAGCAAGCCUUAUAUACCAUGGACAUAUACACACAAAUGAUGUACAAAACUCGAACACCAAUAAUUUCAAAAAACCUAUAAAUUUGAACCACAAAAUUGAACACAAACUUGAACCUAACAUACUCGUCAAUACAGAUAACAGUAAAAGAAGAUUCAAUGAAUCUAAAUUUUUUUCGGAUGGAAUAAACAACUUCGAAGUUAUUCCAAGUAAAGAUCGCGUAAUAUCGACGAAUAUAAAAAUAAAUGCUACAAAUAUUUUAUGAAUAUAGAAUUCUGUUUGUAAAGAUAUUUUUACUAUAUAAUAAACGGAUGGUAAACGGUU